UAUGUCCGCAUCCGCAUAGAAUAAUAAUAAUAAUUAUUAUUAUUAUUAUUAUUAUAAUUAUAAAAUAAUCUAUAGCAUCUAUAGUAAUCUGCCACGCCAUUGUGUUUAUUUAACGUAUACGUGAUAAUUCCACGAGACUGUGAAUAAAUAUAACAAGAUGUACAAUAACAUAGAUCCUUGGGAGCCUGGUUAUGGACCUUCAGACAGACGAGGUCACAAUAAUUCCGAGUAUGAGUAUCGGAGUAGUAAAUCACCACCAGAUUAUGGAGAUCAAAGGGAAAUGGAGCAUCGAGAGAGAAGUCAUCGUAGUCCAGAGUAUCGAAAUCAUCGACGUGAAAGAGAAAGAGAUCGUGAUCGUGAUCGAUCACGAGAUAAUAAUAAAAAAGAAAGAGAUCGUAGCAGAGAAGAUCGUGGCGGUGGUGGUGGUGGUGGUGGUGAUCGUAGUUAUAGGGACAAUCGUGAUGACCGUUAUAGUCGUCAAAGGGAUCGAGAUUCUUCAGAACGAGACCGUGAUAGAGAACGUGACAGAGAUCGUGAUCGUGAUCGCGAUCGUGAUCGUGAACGUGAACGUGAACGUUCUCGACGUGAUAGAGACAGAGAUAGAGAACGUGAGCGAGAACGUGAACGUGAACGUGAACGACGUGGUAAACGUUGUGAUGAUCGCGAUCGUGAUCGCGAUGAUGAUCACAGCAGAGAAAGUUCAGAUAUCAUUAUUAAUGAACAUGAACAUGGUCGUUCAUAUAAUUCGUCUAUGGAGGGUGUCCACUACAAGUCACAAACCCCAAACAACACCAUUAUGAUACGUGGGCUCGCCCAGCAUAUUACUGAGAACGACGUGCGGCAAGACAUCCUCAACUGUGGUCUCAUGCCUAAGGACAUUCGGCUGAUCCGGAAAAAAGACACUGGUGCUUCGCGAGGUUUUGCAUUCGUCGAGUUUAAUGCGACACAAGAGGCAACACGAUGGAUGGAGAUGAAACAGGGGAUUUUAAUGCUGCAAGAUCAGUAUCGUGCCCUAAUGCAGUAUAGUAUACCGAAAGAUAUUCAUACAGAUAAAGCACCAUCUAAAAAUACCCAAGAUUGGCAUUGUGUCAAGUGUGGAGCUCAUAAUUUUAAAAGACGUGAGACUUGUUUCAAAUGUUCAGCUUCAAGAGCUGAAAGUGAAGAAGGUGGUGAAGGUAGCGAUGAAAUAAGUUCACAUCCAACAAAUAUUGUUUUACUACGUGGUCUUGAUGUUUUAACGACUGAGGAUUCAGUUCUUCAAGCUAUGAAAAAUGCAUCAUCAAUGCCUAUACGUAGUAUACGCAUUGGACGUGAUAAUUUGACAAAUACAUCACGUGGAGUAUGUUAUUUAGAAAUGGCAAAUGUUGUUGAUGCUAUGUAUUUGCAUACUGCUCUUACUAAACAAGGACUAUCUGUUGAUGAAAGAAAAGUUGAAGUAACUUAUUGUAAACUUAAUAAUCAAUUAAAUAAUUAUCCAACAAUGUGGAAAUCAAUGGAAAAUCAGCAACAACACCAUCAACAACAGCAACAACCUCAACGUUAUACUCUUGAUGAUGUUGCACAAUUAGCUGAAUAUAGUGCUAAUAUGUAUGCUAAAACUCCAGCACAAAAAGCCCAUUAUAUUCAAUAUUAUACUCAAUAUUAUCAGAAUCAAAUAAGUCAGGGUUCAUUAAUAACUCUGCCAUCGCUCAAUCAAACAGAUAGAGUUAAUGCUGCUGCAGCAGUUGCACAGUCAGCAAUACAACAGCUUCAAGCAGCACGUAAAUUAGGUGAUGCUGAAGAAAUGAGAGGUAGGCCAACACCAACAGCACCAAGUAUUACUACUAAUUUAGCUACUGGAAGAGUACCCGCUCAUGCAAAUGAUGGCAAAGUUUAUUCUAUACCUGAUGUUAGCACCUACCAUUAUGAUGAAUCUUCAGGUUAUUAUUAUGAUCCUAGUACUGGAUUAUAUUACGAUUCAAAUUCACAGUAUUACUACAACAGUCAUACACAACAAUUUCUUUAUUGGGAUGCUGAAUCCUUUUCUUAUCAACCAGCAAAGACAAAUGGUGGAGGGGCAAUUAUUGGUACAUCUGGAAUAACAUCAACAGUCGGAUCAAUGGCUGAUGCUAGUACAUCAAAUAACAUAAAUAAUCCUAUAAUAACAUAUUCAGCUCAAGAAUCAUUAAUAAAAUUAGAUGAUGAUAACAAAAAAAAAGAUAUUACUAAACAAGAUAAAGUUAAAGUUGCUAAAAAAAUAGCUAAAGAUAUGGAACGUUGGGCCAAAACGUUAAAUCAGAAAAAAGAAAAUGCUAAAAGUAAUUGGACAGGAGAAUUUACGGGAAUAAGUGGUGGUAGUAGUAGUAGUAGUAGUGGUGGUGGUGGUGGUGGUGGUGGUGGUGGUGGCAGUAGUAAUAGUAAUAAUAAUAAUGAUAACUAUUAUCAAGGUAGUUGUUUUUCUGCAAGUGGUGCUGCUGAUGCGGGUUAUGCUAUAUUGGAAAAAAAAACAUCUGCGGUAACGGUAGCAGCAGCAGCAGCAACAGUAACAACACCAUCAUCAUCGUCAAUUAUAAAUAGUAAUUAUCAAGAUGAAGAUGAUUCCGGAAAUAAUAAUGGUUUAGUUGCUGCUUAUGGUGGUGGUAGUGACACUGAAGAAGAAAUAGAAGAUGUACAGCAAGAAGAACGUCAGCAUACUGAUUGGAUAAAAUUAGCCUGUUUAUUAUGUAAACGCCAAUUCCAAAAUAAAGAAGCAUUAUUACGUCAUCAACAAUUAUCUGAUUUACACAAACAAAAUCUUGAAAAUUGGUAUCAAGUUAGAGGUUUAGAUCCAAAUGAUCCACAACAGAGAAAUAAUAAAUAUAGAGAUCGUGCUAAAGAACGUAGAGCUAAAUAUGGUGAACCAGAUCCACCACAACCAAAUAAACUUAAAGAAAAAUAUUUAAAAACACGAAUUGAAGAGGUUGAAUCAUCUUCAUCAUCAUCUAAUUAUCAAGAAUCAAAUAAAAAUAAUCCUGCUGGAAUUGGAUCAGAUAAUGUUGGUAAUAAAUUAUUACAAAAAAUGGGAUGGAGUGAAGGUAUGGGAUUAGGUAAAACUAAUCAAGGACGUACAAGUAUUAUUGAAGCAGAAAGACGUGUAUCUACAGCUGGUCUUGGAGCUAAAACAUCAACUUACAGUGCAUUACCUGGUGAUACAUACAAAGAUUGUGUCAAAAAAAUGAUGUACGCUCGUUAUCAGGAAUUGUCUGAUACGUAGUAAUACAUAAUAAUACAUUUAUUAUUUUUUAAUCAUUUAGAUAACACAUCUAUUUAUACAAAUAAAUUUGUAUUUUUUCAUAGAAAUAUUGUAAUUGUGUGUGCAGAAAUCAAAUUUAUUAUUCAAAAAUAUAAUAAUUUUAAAUAGUU